AUGAUGCGAAAAGGCUGUCGAUGUUGUUGUAAAUCAAGAGAUACCAAUGAAAGAUUGUACAAUACAACAAGUUAUCGAGCAUUCUACUGUGGACCAAGUUAUAAAAGUAAAUUAAGAGAUGAUUCAUUUGAACAGUCUGUUGAACAGAAUGUCAGAGACAGUGCACCUAAUGAUGGGAAUACAUCAAACUGUCAAAAUGCUGGGGAGAGACAAUGUUGUAGGCGAGUCAAUAGUGCUCAACAACAUCAUGAUCAUACGAAUACAAAUAAAGACUUAUCCAUGUACACUAGUCGAUAUCAAAGUGACUACCAGCUUAAGCAAGCCACGCCUCCACGAUUGAUUAGACCAAAAGAUAAUCUAGUUGUUGGAAGAUUUCAAAUGGAUGGGACAUUUCUAAAAUGUUACUGUGCUUCGUGA